UGUGCUGGUAAAGUGAAGCAGUGAAAACCAAAGGAAAAACAGAGAAGACAAUAAACAGUGAAAACGGUCGCUUUAGACCGUUGCAAAUGAAGCUCUCCCAUUGAUUGAUGACUCUCCAACCUCCAUUCGACAUGUGGCUCCGGGACUCUUCAUGUGUUGCUGAACGACGACGUCUCGGUACGAAGCAGGUUUGUGAGAAGAAGAAAAAUCUGUAGUUUCUUCUUGUCCUGCUGUUAAAUCUCAAAGUCUUUCGGCCAAAAUAGUAUUUCAGUAAUUCACAAAAAGAGAGACUCAGUCCUUUACUUCUUUUUACCCUUCCGCCGAACUCUCUCCGUCUCUCUUAGCGAAAUCUACGGUGAAACCGUCGAUCUUCGUUGCAUGCACUACCUAUAACUUCCCCACAAUGUCGGCGGAAUACGUCCGGCGAUUCUCCACCCUCUUCACCGGCUCACCCACCAACAUGGAGCAGCGAUGGACGGCCUGUGUCGAGAUAGACGCCAUGAUCGAGUCAAUGGCGAGCAGAACUCCAAAUGUGAAGCCGGCCCAUGUUCAGCUCAUCAAGCAGCUCCUUUCCUCCAUCAACAACGUUACCCACGACCAUCCCGUUUACCCCGUGAUGAUUCAGGAGGCGAUGGCGAGGUUGAAUGAGGGAAUGGGGUGUAGUAAGAACGAGAUAUCUGAAUUUAUUGUGAGGGAGUACGAUGUUUCCCCUGUUGUGAAUUUUGCUAGGGUAGUUCAUGAGUUGGAUAAGCUUGUGAAGGUUAGGGAGAUAGUUUUGACUCCAGAGAAUCGGUACUUGGUUCGAGUGGACGAGAAUGAGAGUGGCAGCGGUUCGAUUCGUGGAAUGGGACGAAAACGUGGUAGGCGUGGUAGUGGGAAGGGUUGGAGAGGCAGUAAGGUGAGGAAAGUUGUUGAGGAGAAUUUGGUGGUGGAGGAUGAGGAUGGUAGUCAGAAUGUAAGUAAUGAAGAAGAAGAAGAAGAAGAAGAAGAAGAAGAAGAAGAAGAAGAAGAAGAAGGGUGUGAGGGUCAGACUGAUGGUAGUAGGGAGGAAGGGAUGGAGAAGGAGAAGUUCCCACCUGGGUUUGAAGGAAGUAUUGACCAAAUUGAGGAAAGGGGGAAGCUAGUGGUUCGUAGAGAAGUAGAAAGAAUCGAACUUUUGCAAGGUGAUGAUGGAAGGAACGAACUUGCUUGUGGAAGGGAAGGUGAGGAAGAAUCUGUUCAGGGGGCUGGUGAUGUAGGGGAGGUGGACAGGGUAAUUAACAUGACUGAACCUGGAGGAAAUGAAGAUUCAGGAGACCCUCAAGAAACAUUGCAAGCUGAAUGUGCAAAUGAAGGAACUGCAUUGGUUAUUUUACCGAGCAAAGAAGUGGAAGGUAAUAAUCCAGCAGCUCAAGUUGAUCCGACUUUGAAUGCGGAAACCCUUGAGAUAGCAAGUUGUUUACAGCCUCUAGAAGUUGAAAGUGCUGGAAAGAAAAGGAAGCUACAGAAAAAACAUGACAGAGUGUUGAACAGGAUUGGGGAUUUAAGCGACACUGUGGCAAGGUUUCAUGAGGAGAACCUGCAGUCUAAUGAAGCUGGGAACAAGAAACAUUUGUUUGAUGAGGAGCAGUAUAUGGAGUUAUUGAAGAAGGCAGAAGCUGUUCAACUAGCUUUGGAGGAUGCCAUGGAUGAAGUGAAAGCAGUAGAUGUGUCGAACCAUAGUGGGACGGAAGUAGUGGCAUUGCCGUACUCUGUUUCAGGAACUGCACCCAAGCCCGAGAUUUCAAAAGCGAUGAGGCAGGGUAAGCGGAAACGGAAAACCAAGCAUCAUAAGAGGACUCGAGAAGUUCAUAAACUGCUGAGAUCUUGUCCAAAAGAGGAGGCGUGUGCAGGUAUUCAAUGCGAACAGUUAAAACGUCCAACAAAGCUAACGAUCAAGUUAACCCCUCCGAGUCUGCCACUCCAGCAAAAUGAAUCAUCUGAACGACAAAUCGUUUGUGGCCUUGAGAAUGAGGGCAAAAGUAAGUGGGUCCAUGAUAGAAGCAGUUCUCAACCUGCUCGAGUUCAUAGUGUAGCUGCAAAGGGUCUUAAACCGAGAAGUGCCUGCCUAAUGUAUGAUACGGACCGGACUAUAAGGGGCCCUAGGUUCAAAAUACCUCGGAAUCGAGAGCCAAAUGUCAAGGAAUCAAGACAGGCUAGAAAACAGGAGGUCAAAAUCCCUAUGAAAGAAUCAAAUAUUAAUUGGGCAACAGCAGGGGAUUGUACUCAGACUUGCAAGCAGCCCCAGGGCCAGGGUUCUUCACAACCUGAAGAGACAUCGGUUGAAGUCCAAGCUGAGCCGUUAACUUCACAGCAUGAAAAGGAGUUGCAAAAUCUUGGGAAGUCACUUCCAAUUGAGUUGGCUUUGGAGCCCAGUACUGGGCGGAUAAUCUAUCUUCAAAAUCCUGGUAAGCAACAAGGACAAGUUCAAUGCCAGGGGGGUCAUGGUAAGGACCAGACUAGUAAUGACUUCUGUGAUGUGAGAACUUUCUUAGACCAUAGAGAACAUCACGACAAACAGCAAGUGGAAGGUGUUCGUGAGAGUAUCCCGAACUUGAAACCCAGUACUGGUGUAACUGAUAACUUAUCGCUGUAUUUGGAGCAUCAAUCUUAUGAGCAGGGAAAGCAGCCACAAGUUGAAGAUCAAAUAUCAAAUCAGUCGGAGGAGAUGGUAAAACUGCAAAGUAUUGUAUCUAAGCAGCAAAAUCAUGAUGGCCAACAGCAAGUGCAAGAUAGCCAUGAGGGUAUCCCAAAGUUGAAACCAAGUGCUAGUAUAUCUGGUAACUCAUUGGCAUAUUCAGAGCAUCUAUCUCAUGAGCAGGGAAAGCUGCCACAGUUUGAAGAUCAAAUAUCUACCGAGUCAGAGGAGAUGCUAAAUUUUCAAAGUGACUUAUCUAAGCAGCAAAAUCAUGAUGACAAACAGCAAGUGGACGGUACUAACGAGAACAUCCCAAAGUUGAAACUGAGUGCUGGUGUUACUGAUAUCUUGUCGUUGGAUUUAGAGCAUCUACCUAAUGAACCAGGGAAGGCACCACAGGUUGAACAUCAAGUAUCUAAUCAGCCAGAGGAGAUGCUAAAGUCACAUAUUGAUCUAUCUACGCAGCAUAAUCAUGAUGACCAACAGCAAGUGGAAGGUAGUCAUGUGAGGAUCCCACAGCUGAAACAAUGUGCUGGUGUAACUGAUAACUCGUUACAUUCAGAGCAUCUGUCUAAGGAGCUGGGGAAGCCACUGCAGGUUGAAGAUCAAGUAUCUAAAAAGCCAGGUGUAACUGAUAACUCGUUACAUUCAGAGCAUCAGUCUAAGGAGCUGGGGAAGCCGCUGCAGGUUGAAGAUCAAGUAUCUAAAGAGCCAGAGGAGAUGCUAAAACUAAAAAGUGAUGUAUCCAAUCAGCUAGUGCAGCUGCAACAUAUUCAAGGUGAAGGAGCUAAUCAGCAUGAGGAGCAGCCUCAGUGCGAAAGUGAAGUUCGUGAUCGGCUAGUGUAUCAGCAACAGUUUCAAGGGAAAGGAUCUGAUCAGGAAGGAGGGCACCAAAGGUCUGAAGGGCAGGUAUUGAGUCAUCAGAAGCAGCAUGAGGAGCAACUAGCUGGAAGCCAUGAAGAUAAGCAGCAGUGCGAGAAAAAACCAGUUCAACCACAGACAUCUGAUGAGCAGGAGCAAGGCCAAGGAUCUUCCGAGCAGGAAGAGCUGCAAGUUGAAGCCCAUCAGCAGAGCCCCUCCGUAUCAGUACGUGCUAAGUCCGCACCUUUGACCACUCCAUCAACUCAUAAGCGCGAGCAGAAACAACACCAGCAACAAAGGGUUGUAGGGGAAGGAAGGUUGACAAGAUCCAGAGUCGCAGCAGGAGCUGUAGCAGCUCUCUCGCCAUUGUCGUCUUCUUGGCACCAGAGACAGCAAUCUCCAGGGUCUUCAGACGAACAGAAGUGUCGUGAGAAGCAGGGUCGCCGCAGUAAUAUGAAAAAUACGAGUAAUGAGAAACUUCAAGGUCGAGUUAGGGGAACAUCAGCUGCAAAGCUGCGUAGGAGCAUAUAGAUGAUUUAUUUUGUUCUAAGCUUGGACAACGUUGUUUUGGACCCUUUCUGCCCGCCCAGAUAGGUUAGGUUCAUAGGUGGGAUGCAAACAAAUCUGCUUUCCAGCGAUGGCGUUUGUGCAGCUCAAUCGAUUACUGAUCUGUCGUUGUUCCGUUUGAAACUUAACAAUAGCUGUUAAUGGUGGCCGGUUGAUCGGCAUUUGGGGAGGAAUUAUAAUUGUGGUGUAUGUAACCGUAUCAAGCUAAGUACUUUUCUAUAUGCAUCUCGUCCAGCUUUGGAUUCAUUUGAAGCACUGGACAAAAGACAAAAUCUUCCCAUCGCAAACUCGAUUAGGAUUACUAUUUGCAAACUAGAGAGACCACGACGAUAAGGUGGUUUCUUUCGUUCCCUGUCUCCGUAUGAACAGAAUGCUCUGUUUUUUUUCUCUUCCGAGGAAACCAAUAAUUGUGACAGACGUCGGAGAUAGUCCCGCGGGCAACCCACUAUUCUUCAGAUCGUGAAAUACUGUUAGAACAGAGGAGAACGGGGAAGAGCCUCUGUUUUCCGGCGAGAAAACCCAGCGAUGGCGGAAACCAAAGAAAGGAAUUUGUGUUGGGCGAGUAGUGAAGUUGAUUGGCCACUAUUCAUCAUCGUAUGUCCAAGAAUUAACGACACGGGGUCGGAGGGAAAACGUUUUCUUCUGAUAUCUUACUCCUUGUGUGGUAAUAAGGGAAACAACAGAUAAUCAGGGAAAUUUACGACUGGCGAAGGAAGGAAAGGCCGGGGAACUCCGGCCACGUUAUGGAGAUAGAACAAAAUCCCUUAUCCGGCGACCAACACCGCCACCAGCCGUCGCCGAUGCAGCAGGAUGAAAUAGGAAUGCGCGAGACGGUAAACGGCGCAAGAACGAGCAACGGAUCGGCGGGAACAAGCGCGAAAAGUGGAAAAUACGGCGACACGAAACGGAGAAACGCGAAACGUUUCGUGACCUCAAAACCAAAACCGAAACGCGAUAAAUUGACGAGAAAGUGAAAUUGACGAGAUCUCACGAUACGACAAAAUAUCGCGGUAUUUUAUCGAUAUAUUGACUUUUUUGCGAUAUAUUGACCCUGAGCCGACGUCUACCCCCCUGCUUGCGAAGAACAGGGGGGAAAUAACCGGAAAAAAACCCAGAAAAAUCAACCAGAGCUCACUGCUUCCGACUGAACAAAGCCAAAAUGAAGAGGAAUUUCGAAG